GCAAGUUUUCAGUUCUAGAUCUAGCUCUAAGCUCUGCCCCGUUCAGAAUGCCCCGUUCGUUCAAUCAGAUUGAUUCUAACUUUCGGUUGAUAAACUGUUUUCUUCUUAUCCUCAAUCCUGAGUUUUUACACUGAACGGCUAUAACGUUUCUUUUACAUACGCUCUGUAUGACAACGGACGUGCUAAUCCAAAUCGGGGUUCUACUGUUCACGCUCGGAAUAUUCUACGCCAUGUACAGUCUUCCCAGACGAGCUUUCGCCCGGAUCCGAUUGAAAGCCCGAUCCAACAACCAGGCGCAGCAGCAUUUCAUCAUGGGCGCCCAAUUACUAACCCGUGCCCGGUCCGCCCGGAGCAAGUCCAGCUCCUUCAAGCUUGCCAAGGCCGCCGCGGCCGCCGCCGACGAGGCACUGGUGCUCGACCCCAAGGACCCGGCCGCGUACAUUCUCAAGGCCGUUGCGUUAGACCUAAUGGGCCACAAGGCUGCCGCUCUGAAAUUAAUGGACACGGCGCUGUCUCAGCCGGCGGUCAGGGAGCUGCCGGAUCGGGAAAGAGGGGAAGCUCUGUAUAAGCGGGCGGAGAUGCAGGUGGCGCUUAAUCGGAGGAGACGAGUCGCCUCCGCGGUGGCGGACCUGGAGCAGGCCGUGAAGUUGAGCCCGGAUAAUGCCGGUGCCUUUUGCUUAUUGGGCCGGUGUUACGAGGCUGAGGGCCGGAAGGAUGAUGCUCAGAGGUGUUUUGAAGGCGCGUUAAGGAUUGAGCCCGAAUCAGCUGAAGCCCGUGAGGGGUUGGGUCGUGUACGCGGUACGCCUGUGACAUUUUCGGGUUUAGAUUUUUAGGCUUCCUUUGGGCUGUGUACGUUAACAUUUGGGAAUGCUAUGAAUCACAUUUGGGAUUUCUUUGUCUCAUUUUCUGUCUAGGGUAAUUUAUCUAAAUACGACUAAAAUAUAAUGACUUUUUUAAUAUAGGACCAUAUGUUUU